CAUCCUCCCCCCCUCUCCCCAACAGUUUGGGAAUUUGUCGCCAGUUCAUCGAUGGCGCCGCUCGAUUCACCGAAAUUCAGUGAGAAUUGAACCGAAACCUAUCGAUUUUCGAAAUCUAGAGCCCGAGAUCUAUCGAUCCAGGGGUUUUAAGCCCGGAUUUGGGCUCAAUUCGCGAAAGAUUGGAUUUUUAGGGUUUCGCAGUUUUGAGGAAGUUAGGGGUUUUUUUCCUCUGAUGUUGGAGGAGAGAAGGAUGGUGAAUGGGAGCGGGAAUUCUUAUGGCCAUCAUCAUCGGGAUUUUUCAGAGAAUGUUUUGGAUGGAUUCAGUAACGGCUGUGCUACGAUUCCUGUAUCUUCGUCUUAUUCGCCUUCGUCUUCUUGCUCUGGGGGUAAUUAUAUUGAGCACAAGGUCUCGAAGCUGGACACCGUAGCUGGCAUCGCGAUUAAAUAUGGAGUCGAGGUAGCAGAUAUUAGACGAAUGAAUGGCUUGGUAACAGAUCUCCAGAUGUUUGCACUCGACACUUUGCGGAUUCCUCUUCCGGGGAGGCAUCCACCAUCGCCUAUUGUGUCAAAUGGUUCCACUGCUAACGGGGAACAAACGCCUCCUCGUCAGCCUCAUGAUGAUGUAUUAGACUCAGUUCGUUCUCUCAGAUUGAAAGCUAAACCUCCUCGUAAAGUCUCCCCCGCAAUGAGCAGUUUACAAGGUUACUAUGGUUUGACUCCCCCAAGAAAGGGCCCAUUAGCCGAAGGCACUGAGAUGGCCCUGUACAAAACUAACAGAACUCUCAACUUAGACGAUCGACCGCAUAUCAAAGGAUCUCCAGCUACUGAUCCAGGAUUUGGCCGCCACAGAAAGUCAAGGAGUUUGGUUUCACUGGAAAAUGCUGAUAGAUCAUCUGAGGACAACGGUGAGGCUGAUAAAUCUAUCAGGAGACGCCCGAAGGAAACACCUGAAAUUCUAAUGGAGGAAAGUUCCGGGGGUUUCUUAGGGAGAAUAGGAAAAGGUCUUGCUUUGAGACCGAAGUUAUUUAGUAGGAUGGAUGGGGAUGCAUCGAGGCAGAACUCUACACCUAUUGGCGAUUUUUUGAAUGAUGUAUUUGUUUCUGUUCGAAAGUCAUCAAGCACUUCAAAUUUGCAAGAGUCUGAGAGUUCGUCGUCCUCUUCAAUAUGGUCAGCAAGCAAGUGGCCAUCUUUGAAUGCAGAUGCAAUUACUCGGCCGAUUUUCGAUGGUUUGCCAAAGCCGAUGACCUCAAGAUGGAACAAAACUGCUUUGGAUUAGGUGAUUUCUGUCCUUAUUCUUAACUUGUCUUUAAUCUGACAAAUUGGAGAGGUUUUUUUGUAUCGAGCCUCGAAUUGAGCAAGGCUUGUGUGAUAUAUAUUAUUUGGGAAGAGAGAGAGAGGGAGAGGGAGGGUAUACACGGAGUUAAAUAAAAAGUAGUCAGGUAUGUUCAAGAUGCAGCUGGCCUGAAGAGAGAUUAUAUAUUUAUCGAUUCUUUAUCGCACUAUUCUUGUAUUGUACCAGCAGUUGCUUGUUAUUGUUGUUUUAAAGAUUCUUUUGUAAAAAUAUACAAAUCGUAUCCAGGUUUAGCUGGUGUAGCACGAGUUUGUUAAUAUCGACAUCUAUACGUAGAUUAUUCUUUUAGUC